AUGGCGACGAACGACGAACUACAAGCAGCAAUUCUUCAGAUGUCCAAACUUCUCCAACUGUUGGCUGUUCCACAAGCAACGAACCCAGAGCAAGUUCUGGAAUCACUUCCAACCAACAUCAGCGAGUUCAGUUUCGUUCCGGAGAACGGCACCACUUUCGACAAAUGGUUUGCCCGUUACUCGGAUUUGUUCGAAAGGGACGCACGAAGUCUGGAUGAUGCAGCAAAGGUUCGGCUCCUGCUCCGGAAGUUGGACACUUCAUCACAUAGUCGUUACGUGAAUUAUAUCCUUCCGAAGCUACCGAAAGACGUCACGUUUGCCGACACUGCAAGACGCUAUCAAAAGUCUUCGCUGGUGAAAGCUGAGACGGACGACAUUAUCAGCUAUGGUGGCAAGGUCAACAGGGCAUGCGAAGAGUUCGAUUUUCAAGACUUGAAAAUCGAUCAAUUCAAGUGCUUGAUUUUUGUCUGCGGUCUCAAGGCAUCGCGCUAUGCGGACGUUCGAGCAAGGCUUCUUUCCCGCAUCGAAGGCGAGACGGCAGAAGCACCGGUAACUAUCCAAACAUUGAUCGACGAAUUUCAAGGGCUCGUCAAUCUCAAGUCGGACACUACGAUGAUCGAACAUCCACCAAGUUCGAAAAAUUCGGUCCACAGCAUUUCGGAGAAGAAACCCGGAAAUCCGCAGCGUCUGCCGAAAACGGAAAACAAGUCCAUCCCUCGUACUCCCUGCUGGCAGUGUGGUCAGAUGCACUACGUUCGAGACUGUCCAUUCUCGGAUCAUGUAUGCAGGGUAUGCAACCGCACCGGUCACAAAGAAGGCUACUGUGGCUGUAUUCAGAUGUCUUCGAGCGGUGAGAAGAAGCCGUUCCAUAAGAAGAAGAAGGCUAGUUCCAGAUCUCAAGCCAAAGGGAUUUUCGUGAACCACAUCGCAAACAAUACCCGGAAACGCAAAUUCGUGGGUAUCAUCAUCAACGGCAUCGCUAUUUCGCUACAACUGGACUCCGCCAGCGAUAUCACGUUUAUUUCCGAAACAACAUGGCAACAACUGGGACAACCGAAGCUGACUCCAUCACUGAUCGAAGCAUCCAACGCAUCCGGAGGACCACUUGUCCUCAUUGGCGAAUUCAAUUAUGACGUCACCCUCAACGGCAUGGUCAAGCGUGGCCAGUGUUUUGUAACGUCAUCGCCGGAUCUCAACGUACUGGGAAUUGAUUGGAUCGACAUGUUUAAUCUGUGGUCGAUUCCUUUUGAUACACACCAUAACCACGCACCGAGGCUUAUUCCAGUUCAACCGCCUCGCUUCGGGAGUGAAAUCAGCGCCUGGAGCAUUUCAACGGUCGGUUGA